CCGGGCCCCGGAGCGCUCCCGCUGCCGGACUACAGCUCCCAGCAGGCGCCGGGGCCGGGCGGGCCCGAGGCGGGGCCGGGACAGCCCGCUGGGGGAGCAUCCCCGCCAAGAUGAACGCGGUGCUCGCGGUCCGGCAGUACGUGUCCAAGAUGAUCGAGGACAGUGGCCCCGGCAUGAAGGUGCUGCUGAUGGACCGGGAGACGACCGGCGCCGUGAGCGUGGUGUACACCCAGUCCGAGAUCCUGCAGCGCGAGGUUUAUCUCUUCGAGCGCCUCGACUCCCCCAACAGGGAGCCCAUGAAGCACCUCAAGGCCAUCUGCUUCCUGCGGCCCACCAAGGAGAACGUGGAGCUUCUGGUGCAGGAGCUGCGAAGGCCCAAGUACAGUGUCUACUUCAUCUAUUUCAGCAAUGUCAUCAGCAAGAGUGAUGUGAAGGCCUUGGCUGAGGCCGAUGAGCAGGAGGUCGUGGCUGAAGUCCAGGAGUUCUACGGCGACUACAUUGCGGUGAACCCUCACGUCUUCUCCCUCAACCUCCUGGGCUGCUGUCGGGGCCGCAGCUGGGACCCAGCUCAGCUCACCAGAACAACCCAGGGGCUCACUGCUCUGCUGCUGUCCCUGAAGAAGUGCCCCAUGAUCCGGUACCAGCUGUCCUCGGAGCCAGCAAAGCGCUUGGCCGAGUGCGUGAAGCAAGUGAUCACGAAGGAGUAUGAGCUGUUUGAUUUCCGGCGCACCGAGGUCCCUCCCCUGCUCCUCAUCCUGGACCGGUCAGACGAUGCCAUCACCCCACUCCUGAACCAGUGGACGUACCAGGCCAUGGUCCACGAGCUGCUGGGGAUCAACAACAACCGCAUCGACCUGUCCCGGGUGCCAGGGAUCAGCAAGGACCUGCGGGAGGUCGUCCUGUCCGCUGAGAACGAUGAGUUCUACGCCAAUAACAUGUACCUGAACUUCGCUGAGAUUGGCACCAACAUCAAGAACCUGAUGGAGGAUUUCCAGAGGAGGAAGCCAAAGGAGCAGCAGAAGCUGGAGUCCAUUGCGGAUAUGAAGGCCUUUGUGGAGAACUACCCUCAGUUCAAGAAGAUGUCAGGCACGGUGUCCAAGCACGUGACGGUGGUGGGGGAACUGUCACGGCUCGUGGCGGAGCGGAACCUCCUGGAGGUGUCAGAGGUGGAGCAGGAGCUGGCCUGCCAGAGUGACCAUUCCAGUGCCCUCCAGAGCGUGCGGCGGCUGCUGCAGAGCCCGCGGGUGUCGGAGCUGGACGCGGCUCGGCUGGUGAUGCUCUACGCGCUGCGCUAUGAACGCCACGGCAGCAGCGGCCUCCCGGCACUGCUGGAGGAGCUGCGCAGCCGUGGCGGCACCGACAGGUACCGCAAGCUGGUGUCCGCCGUGGUGGAGUAUGGAGGGAAGCGGGUCCGAGGCAGUGACCUGUUCAGCCCCAAGGAUGCCGUGGCCAUCACCAAGCAGUUCCUCAAAGGCCUGAAGGGCAUUGAGAAUGUGUACACCCAGCACCAGCCCCUGCUCCAGGAAACCCUGGACCAGCUCAUCAAGGGAAAGCUCAAGGACAGCCAGUAUCCCUACCUGGGCCCCAACACACUCCGGGACAGGCCUCAGGACAUUAUCGUGUUCCUCAUCGGAGGGGCCACCUACGAGGAGGCUCUGGCUGUGUUCAACCUGAAUCGCUCCAACCCUGGCGUCCGCAUCGUCCUGGGUGGGACCACCAUCCAUAACACCAGGAGCUUCCUGGAGGAGGUCACAGCCACAGGAUUCCGUGGUCGAAGCACUGACAGCUCCCAAGUCCCACCAAGGUCUAGCAGCCGACGGUGAAUCCUGAAGGAAUGAGUACUUCUUUGCACGUUGAGAGCUUUCCCAGAGCAGAGCAGGAUCUUCCUGCCCUGCAGCUGGAGCUUCCCCUGCACACCCAGAAUGACAGCGAAUGCUGGAGCUGGCAUUAGCCCAACAGCAAGGAUGUGCCCCCACUGCAGCUCCUUCUUGUGCCAUCACAGACAGCUCCAGGACUGGGAUUGUCACCUGAGGAGAGCCUGGGAAAGCCCUUGAAUCCCUGCAGCUCCUGGCUCUUUACCAGGACACACAGGAUGAGUCCCAUGAGGAACCCACAAUGCCGCCCUGUGCUGGGGGAGCAGCUGUGGGGGUGUGGCUGCUGGGCACAGGAGCCCUUUGCUCUGCUGUCUGUAUAUGUUGAGUCCUAUUAAAUCCCCCUCUUUGGCUGAA